GAUUAAGCUUCCAUAGCAACGUAUGCUAACAACGAUACAUUUUGCAGCAUAAACACAUCAUCUGUCCUGAAUUUUGGUGAAUGAUUUAGUUUCAGUUUUAUCGUUUGUACUUCAUACACACAAAAUGGAAGGUCUACCUUUUUUACCAGGAAACAGCUUCAAAGAUCCGACGAAUAUGAGAUAUCAUAGAAGUCAAUCUUUGAAAUAUAGUAAUGGCUAUGCCCUACCAUUAAGACCUGAAGUUGGUAUCGGAGGUGUACCUAUUACCAGAAAUCAGCUAAAUGAAGCCGAAUUAGACGAACUUGCCAACUUUCAUCCAACUUUAACAUACGGACAAGCAAAACAAGCACCGCCUACUGAUUUUAUACCAUCUCAUGUAAAGUUAGACAAAAAGGUUUUAAGGUUUAAUGGUUAUUUUACUCAGACCAUCAUAGAAUCACCGGAUGAAACGUACCGUGUACGUCCUGUUGAAUUAUAUUAUUAUCUAGAAGAUGAUACUAUAGCUGUCUUCGAACCUCAUGUUGAGAACAGUGGAAUGCCACAAGGCAAACUAAUCAAACGUCAGAAGCUGCCUAAAGACGAUGAGGGUGGUACAUAUCAUUGGAGAGACAUCAAUAUCGGUAUGAACCUCACAUUCUACGGGAAAAUAUUCAAAAUUGUUAGCUGUGAUCAGUUCACACAGAAUUUCUUGGAGAGUGAAGGUAUAAUUGUCAACCCCUUGGAAUCUGUUCCAACCGAUCCUUACAUCGUACAGCGAAAAAAUGCCUCAGCAUUAAAAACAUUCAGCACACCAUCUUCCUUCGACAAGACUCGACAAUUCCUCGAGUUAGAUCGUAAAGUAUUGAGAUUGUUUUGUUUAUGGGACGACCAGGAUAGUAUGUUUGGUGAACUGAGACCGUUUAUUUUACAUUAUUAUUUAGUAGAUGACACUCUAGAAAUCCGUGAGGUUCACAAACCAAACGAUGGUCGGGAUCCGUUCCCUGUUUUGAUUGGUAGACACAAGGUACCUAAAAACCGUUCCGAUAUCAAACCAAGCUUUCCACUCAUCACCAUGGAAGUCACCGACCACGAGAUCAAGGAAUAUUUCACACCACGAGAUUUUAUGAUUGGUAAAACUGUCAUCAUUUACGGUCGAAGAUUUUUGGUGUAUGAUUGCGAUAACUUCACCAAGUCAUUUUAUUAUCAUAAUUUCGGUAUAACAGAUUUCCCUGCUGUGGACGUCGAGGGUAUGGCAAAGGAAUUGCCCAAAAUGGAAAUUCCACCUUAUAAUAAUUUCGGUUCCAUGGAAGAUUCUCUACAGUCCUGCUUAUCUCUGGUUCCUCAGCCACCUAAAAAAGACUUUAUCAAAAUGCUGGAAAACGAUCAUAAAGUUCUUAGAUUUGAAGCAGCUAUGGAUUCUAUGAAACCAGAAGAUAGAGGUCGAAGGUUCAUCUUGGCCUACAGAUUAGCAGACGACAUGAUGACCAUAUAUGAACCACCAGUCAGAAACUCAGGAAUAAUCGGAGGAAAAUUCCUUGAACGUACACGAGUGGCUAAACCGGGCUCUCAACCAGAUAAACCGUCCUUUUACGGACCCCAGGAUUUCUAUAUUGGUGCUGUUGUUGAGGUUUUCAAACAUCGCUUCAUUAUCACAUCUGCUGAUCAGUACGUUCUUAAAUACAUGGAAGAACAUAAAGAACAGUUCCCAGAACAGACAAUUGAAUCAUUAAGGCAGAAGUUAGGUGAAACCAUGAUCACGGUUGAUAAAACAUCAACAAAAGGCGGUCCAUUAACAGUGAAAAGAUCACCUGGUGAUUUAGAGAAUUUAGUAAGACAAGUAAGAGCUCAGUUAAAGAAGAUCGCCAUAACAGACAAAACACGGAUUGAUGAGAUGUUUUUACGAUACGAUACCGAUAGAACAGGUUAUAUUGAUGCCAAUAAUAUGCGAGAGUUAUGUCGUCGUCUGCAACUACCUACUGAUGAUGACGUCAUCAUUUCUCUGGUGUCUGAAUGUACCAAUAAUGUGGAAGGUCAUAUUGGCUUGGAAGAAUUCCGACGAUUUGUUGAAAGCUCGUAGAUGUGUGUAAAUUGUUUUGUUGCUAUUAUUUAUUGUAUAUAAAUCAUAUUAAUUAAACCCACGAUUACUGUGAUAUCAGCAUUAUGUAAUGUACAUCUUUUUUAAAACUAGUAACUUUUUCUGAAUUUUAAUGGGGUUGAUUCAUGCGUUCAUGGUGGGCUGUCACGAUUUUUCAGGAAGUGAGGGGUGGAGCGAGGACUUCCCAAGAAACUUUUGUAAAAUUGCCAGAGUAUGUCAUGGAUAUGGAACUUAAUGAGCAGAAAUUAAACCUUAGCAUUGAUCAAAAAGGGGGAAGGGCAGGAAUAUUGGGCUCUGAUAUAGCUGGCUUCGAAUGAAAAGUACAUAUAUAAAUAUUUAACGUCCAACCACUCUGGCAUCACUUUAUUUUUAUUAAGAAUAAACUAUUUCUGAAUUUUGAUUGGUGUUGACUGUAUUUUGGGUAAAUUAUUUGGAUGUAAAUGAUUGCUAUGUUCAUAUCAAUGUGUAUCAAGCCUAUAAUUAAUUGAGAUCAUGAAUCUACUGUAUAAUGGCAAAAUUUUUAAAUUAAAAAUAAUUCAUAUCAAACUUAUCAAUUCAGGUUGAGAAUAUCAGGUAUAAAAGAAUGCUAAUUAAUAAACCCUAUGGAUGGAGUGCUUCAUCCUUGUGCACAUAAGUAGCAGUUUUAUCAUAUGUUCACCUGUCUAACCUCGUAGGUUUUCUACAGGUCCUCCGGUUUCCUCCCACUGCUAUAGGCGCCUACGUGCAAGCGAAUUAUUGAAAUAAAAUUGAACCAUGUGUUAGUCCCGAAAUGACCUAGUUUGUGUCAAGUGGACAUUAAACCCCAUUUCUCUCUCUCUUUUAUCAUAAGUGUGUGUCAUAUUUUAUUGCUCUAUCCAGUUACUAUAUAAUUCAUAAUUCAAACUUAUUUUUAAUUCAGAUUGUGUUUAUCAGGUUUAAGAGAAUGCUAAUAGAUGAAGUAUUUUAAUUUAUAAACUAUUACACAUAUGAAGCACUUCAUCCUUGUGCACAUUAAGAGCGCACUAAUGAUCAAAAGUGUAUGUCAUAGUUUAUUGUGAAUACCAGGUUUAAGAGAAUGCUAAUAGAUGAAGUAUUUUUAUUAGUAAACUAUUAACAAAUAUAUAAAGCACUUCAUCCUUGUGCACAUUGAGAGCGCACUAAUGAUCAUGUGGUCACACUUACGGAAAAAACAGCUACUGAUUUAUUUAGUUGGAUAACACCGCCCAAAUAAAUAAGUAGCUGUUUUUAUCAUAGUUUAUUGUGAAUGUCAGGUUUAAAAGAAUGCCAAUAGAUGAAGUAUUUUAAUUCAUAAACAAGAACACAUGCUUAUGGGGAAACUGCUCUGAUUUAUUUAACUUGAUAACGUCGUCCAAAUAAUUAAGUAGCUGUUUUAUCAUAGUUUAUUGUGAAUGUCAGGUUUAAAAGAAUGCCAAUAGAUGAAGUAUUUUAAUUAAUAAACGAGAACACACACUUAUGGGGAAACUGCUCUGAUUUAUUUAACUUGAUAACGUCGUCCAAAUAAUUAAGUAGCUGUUUUAUCAUAGUUUAUUGUGAAUGUCAGGUUUAAAAGAAUGCCAAUAGAUGAAGUAUUUUAAUUAAUAAACGAGAACACACACUUAUGGGGAAACUGCUCUGAUUUAUUUAACUUGAGGGGGGUUGGGAUGGCCUAGUGGUCUAGAGUGCCGCGCUUCGACCUCUGGCUGGCCGGUCACCUCUGGCUUGCGGCUGUGGUUUCGAGCCCUGGUGUGAGCGUAUGUGGCAUGGAGAUAGGGGCGCCUUCUCAACCUCGUGGGUUUCCUCCGGGCGCUCCGGUUUCCUCCCACUGCUAAAGACCUCUACGCGCAAGCGAAUUAUUGAAAUAAAAUUAAACCAUAUGUUAGUCCCGAAAUGACCUAGUUGUGUCGAGUGGACGUUAAACCCCAUUUCUCUCUCUCUCUCUCUAUUUAACUUGAUAACGUCGUCUAAAUAAAUAAGUAGCUGUUUUAUCAUAAGUAUGUGUUAUAGUUUAUUGCUCUGUCCAGUUUCUAAAUGCCUCUCAAAAAGAUUAUUUUAAUUAAGUUUUACCAGAGUAAUAUAUAUGUUAUGUUUAUACAUUGUAUAUGUACUACAAGUUGUAAAUAACAAUCUAUAAAUAAUAUUAAUAAAGAAAUGAAAUGUAUGAUAUUAUAAAAUUACAUGAGACCAGGAUAUAGAAACAUAUUAAAUAAAUUAUUCAUCAUCAUCGA